AUGGAAUACAACAAAAAACUGCAUUCACAAUGGAAUGUGGAUGUGCACUAUGCUCUCGAUUUUUCGAAGUGGUGGUGUAAAGCAUUAGGCAUCUGGCCAUGGCAGCACAACGAAGUUUCAUGUAUCGUGCAAGCUAGUUGUAUCGUCUUGAUUGUGAUGACUGCCGCUGCAUUGUCAUCAGCCCAGUUACAGACAAAGGGUUACUGUGGAGUAAUAACAGAUUUACUGGAUACGUUAUCCGGUAUCCUAGUAUUUUGCGGGACAGCUAUUAAAAUUCUUUCUCUUUGGUUUCAUCAGCAACAAAUGCGUUGUAUUAUUUCAUCGAUAAUUGAUGAUUGGUUGAAUAUUAGCGGAACAAAAUCACGUGAAAUCAUGCACCGGUAUGCACUCUGGGGACGUUUAGCCUUUAUCUUACAAAUUACUGGAACAUUUGUAGCCAUGGCAUUGACAACGUGGAUUGAUCCUCCAAGCAUAAAGACUGAGAUUUCAAAAAAUGAUAGUUCAGCAACAAGACACAUGUUACUAGCACCUCCAUGCUGGGUUCCACUGACGAUGCCCUUCAAUGUUUACUUGCUUUAUUACAAUUUCAUUUUCAUCGCUACAUUCUUCUCAGUAUUGACAUAUGCAGGAUGCGAUGCAUUUAUGUUUAGUGCUGCCUUACAUAUCUGUGGUCAGUUUGAAAUACUCGAGGCUAAUAUUGAAAAACUCAAUGAUGGGGAUGAUUAUCCAACACAGAAAUAUAAAAUUAAAAAAUACUCGAAGCGACAUAAUCACUUGAUUCAGAUGGGGAAACGUAUGGAUGCCUUAGUCAAUGUUAUCAUCCUUUCGGAACUUCUGAGCAAUAGUGUUCUCAUUUGCGCUUCAGGAAUUGUUGUUCUGGCUAACGUUAAGACAGGUAAUGUGAACCGUGUAGUAAUCAGCUGGGCAGCAAGAAUAUAUGUUUGGUACAUGGAAUUCUUCAUGUAUUGCUAUGUUGGUGAAAAAAUAUCAAGCCACGCUGACAGAUUGCGGAGUGUUGUCUACAAUUGUCCGUGGUACAAUAUGUCAGUUCAUAUUGCUAAAGAUAUGGAAUUCAUGAUGAUGCGUAAUAAUUAUUUCUGUCAUUUGACAGGAGGUGAAUUUUUAAUCAUGAAUUAUGAAAGUUUUGCAAAAAUUACAAAAGUUAUGUUUUCUUUUUUUUCUGUUCUCAGAUUCAUGCUUGAAUGA